AUGACUCCUAUCUCAGAUACCUCUCCACCCGUGACCUCAACCACGCCAACCCCAACCACAACAACCUCCCCCAAAAUCCCAAUCUCCCUAACAGGCGUCUCAAAAACCCUCCUAAUACCCCUAAUAGCCCGAGCCUACGACAACUCCCUCCCCACCCCAAUCCUAGCCGACCCCUACCCCGCAGCAGUCCUAUCAAAACUCUCCUUCGACAUCGAUUCAAUGCCAACAACACCAUUUCAAAAUGCAGGAAUAUCCCUUCGAACAAAGCACUUCGAUGAUUGGACGUCGUCAUUUCUGAGAACAAAUCACGACACUACAGUCCUGCAUUUAGCGUGUGGUUUCGAUAGUCGUGCGCAAAGGGUUAGCUGGAGUGAGGGGACGAGGUGGAUUGAUAUUGAUCUUCCAGAGGUUAUUGAGUUGAGAAAGGAAGACUUACCUUUAUCAUUUCCCACUGGGAAUGAUCAAGAAUACUCUUUACUCGGAAUCGAUGUCACUGGCGAGACUUGGAUGCGUGAUCUCGAUAUCGGUGAUGGACCUGUGCUGGUUAUAAUGGAGGGUUUACUCUCCUAUCUCCCCGAGAAAGAAGUGAGGGCACUUCUAACACGAAUCUGCGAGACUUUCCCCCAGGGGGAGAUUAUCUUCGAGUGUGUUAGUUCUCCGGUCCUGAAUUGGCUUAAUCGUCCCGAAUCGAUGAAUGCCGUCAAGAAUACUGGAGCUGUGUUCAAGUCGGCUGUUGAUGAUCCGAUGACGUUGGAAAAUCUUCAUUCUGGACUUAAAUUAGUUGAGAAUGUUUCGUUAUUACUGGCGCCUGGGACGGAGAAAUUUCCUCUGCUUGGUCGGGUGCGCAUGUAUCUUAGUUCGUGGUUUCAAAGUGGGCGUGAUUCGGCGAGGUUUUUGCGGUUUCGGUUUGGGCAGGAAUUGUUGAAAUGA